UAGACCUAUUGUUCAUAUACCUAGACUAAGAAGCUGUUUUGGCUCGUGUCUGAAUGUCGUGGGAACACGGUUUUUGUCCGAUUAGCAUCGGCUUAAAAGGACCUUUUAGUCCUCCCCAAAGCAGCGAAAUGCUUAUUAGGGAAGGACAGAAGUCUAUCGAACGCCCGAGAGAGACAAGAAGACCCGUCUGUCAUUCCCCCGCGGGGGAAAGGAAAACAAAAAACGCCGGCGUACCUAAGACUCGCCACGCCAAACGGACACAAUUUUGUAGGGAAUCGAACGUGCGUCUGACAUGUCCGCCGCUCUCAACAAAGACUACACAAACCAGUGCGUGUCGCAGACAUUGAGGGAGAUGGUGCUACAAUGAAGGACGAUCCCAAAUUCAACAUUCUGUUCGUGAGGGAAGUGGAGAAGCAUCCGGCGCUCUAUACGUCGACGGUGCACGGACAUGUGAACAAGCAGGAACAAGAGUACCACUGGAGAUUAGUGGCUGAGGCGCUGAACGAAUCAAGCGCCAACUGCAAGGAAAAAUGGAAAAAUCUGAGAUCAUCGUUGUGUCGACACCUGCGCAAUCAGUACGCCUACGGCCCAGGGGCAAGGUGCAAGAAGUCCUACUACCUGGCCAAGUACAUGGAGUUCCUGAUCCCCUACAUCAAGAUCCGCCAGCCGGGGCAAUUCGCGUCCGUCGUGGACAUGGUCAAGGAAGAGGAAUUUCACGAGGCUGACUACGAGUACGACCUGACGACCGAAGCAGAAAUCAGAGAGGAAGAAGAUCCCUACAACAACACCCCAACGGAAAUGAACUCCGACCACCAUCACCACCAGCCUCCGGACGGGAUGGCCUCCCCGCCCCUCAGCGUCCUCUCUCCAGUGCAGGAGCUCCACGAGCUGCCCGUCAAGAAGCGACGCAGACUACUGGAGGAGGAGGAGGACGGGGUCGAGAGGGUAGAGGUAAGUCCCUCAUACGACAAGCUGACGAAGGAGUACUUCGCCUUGAAAUCAAAAUUCGACGCCCAGCCCGAAGACCCCGACUUGCUGUUUCUGAAGAGUCUCUUGCCGGAGAUGCACAGAAUGAAGGACAGGCAGAAAAACAAGUUCAAAAUGAUGAUCCUCGGUGCCAUAGAGACGAUCCUUUAUAGCGCAGCGCCCUGCGGUGAGUCUUCCAGUGCCCAGACAGUAAAAACUCAAGGGCCGCAGCAGCCUGUGCCGGCUGUGCCUCCAGACGACACUGGCACUGUUUAGACAUCCCUCAAGGUGGUGCAGUAAGCCUGCUUCUGUUUGAGUUGUCGGUAGAUUUAUUUUCAAAGCGCAUUGUGAUUUCUUGUGAUUCUCUUGAGAUCGUUUUUAUUUUCGUAUUUUCUUACUUUGUCGAGACAAACAAAACUUUUGAUGAUAUAGAACUAUAUUUCUUAAUGUGGAGAUGUUACGAAAUAAAAUUUUUUGGAACUAA